UGACCCGGAAGUAGUGGACGUGUUUACAAUCUGAGUCAGCUGACUUGCUUCCACCUAGCUGUGACAGACCCUCGCAGCUUUUAACGGGUUACUGCAGCUGCAGUGCAGCGGCCAGUUUAGGAGCUGCUCCAUUAGCAGAGGCUGGCAACAGUGUUUAGCUUCUAAAGCAACAUUCAGGAGACUUUCUGACGAUGGAGAAGGUUGCUAAAGAUGUUGGUGAUAUCCAGUCCAGACUGUUGGACCACAGACCUGUUGUCAGUGCAGAAGUUCGCUACUUUGUCAGAGAGUUUGAGGAGAAGCGAGGUUUGAGGGAAUGCCGGCUGCUGGAGAACCUGAAUAAAAUGGUCCAGGAGGCAAACGAGCAAAUACUGCCCUCUAAUUUAGAGGAAAUGAGCCAGAAACUGUCUGACAUCAGUAAGCGCUUGGAGGCUGCUAAUCACAUGGCAGAGAGAGUCCAGCAGAGGGAGCUGGAGGCACAGCAGAACACCGGGCUGCAGGCGAACAUGGAGAAAUUAAAAGAGGACUGGGCUGAGUUUCUGAAGGAGCAGCAGAGAUUAAAGGAAGAGGUGGAUGAGGAGCACGCUAAGGCUGUUGGAGAACUCAGCUCUCGCUUUAGUGAAAAGAAGAAGGACUUGGCACAAUUUUCUUUCUGACCACUUUUCUAUUGUAUGAACAGUUAACAUUUGUUUAUCAAACUUGUACUUGGUGUUGGCAGAAAAACAGCCAACAGUCACUGAUGAUGAAUAAAAAGGUCAAAUGUGACCUAGUAUUUAUUGAUGACGUUUCUGCAGCAUGUGAAACUCGGCAUACUUUGUACUUCUUCUGAAAAUAAUUUAUACUCAGGUUGAAAGGAAAUCUAUAUUUAGACUCAAAUAGUGUUAGAUUAUGGCAUGGUGAACAGUUAUUGUAGAUCUAUACUCCUUGGGGAUAUUAUGGCGCUAACACUGACUUCAUGUUGACCUGUGAGAGAGAUAACUGUUCUUAAUAAAAGGCUCUUCAUUUUACAUUAAAGUGUUUUAUGCUACCA